AUGAGCAUGGAUGACCCAAUUGAGAUGAUCAGAAUGUUACAGCAAAAGAUGGACGAGAUGCAACAGCGCCAUGAGGACGAGCUCGCGGCCGUUAAGGCCGAGUGUGAGGCCCGGAUAGCCCGAGAGAUCGCUGGGAAGGGAGGUGAGGACGAACGGGCGAAGGAGAAGGGAAAGGCCGCCGCGGAGGAUCACACUAAGCACAAUAGCGGACGCGAUAAAACCUGGAAGUCGACGGAGCCCGAGGCCAAAGGGAGUAAAGCCAAAUCAAUACACGCAGAGAGUGACGCGGAGGAUAGACUGAUGGUGGUGAAGCCUGAGCCUUCGUCCACACUAUUACUCCCCUAUGCUCAACCAAUCAUGGAUGUUCAGAUAUCGGAACAAUUCGUUGCGCCGCAAUUCAAGAUGUAUGAUGGGACCAUGGAUCCCGAGGCCCACAUCAAGACUUUCUCGAACGCGAUGGCGUUUAGGACGGGCAAUGACGCCAUCUGGUGUCGGGCAUUUUCGCUAUCAUUAGAAGAAGAAGCACUUGAAUGGUUCAACUCUCUUCCUCCCAAUUCUAUAGAGAAUUUCGACAGCUUGAAGUGCUUGUUCAUCCGGCAGUUUGCCGUAAACAACACUCAGGACCUGACCGUCUUCGAAUUGGUUACCCUGAAGCAAGGCAAGGAAGAAACGUUGAGAGUGUUUAUGGAUCGCUAUCAAAAGACCGUGCGACGAGUAAAGGCAUUGAGCCCGGAGCUUGCCCUACAUUACAUCCUCCCCACACUCAAGCCAGGACCGUUCAAAGACAGCGUCUAUCGACGGGCCCCCAAAACUAUGGAAGAGUUGAGGGAGCGGGCGGCGGACGAAAUUAGGGUGGAAGAGAUGAAGUUGUCGUAUAAGAAGGAAAGCCAGGAGCUUAGGGGGGAAAGGGCGGACGGGGGAAAGUCAGGCAAUUCGGCAGGAAAGCCGAGCGGCCUUAGACAGAAGGAACCGAGACGAGGACCCCGCUUCCAGCAGUACAACCCCUUGAACACCCCCAGGGAGAAGAUCCUCCGUGAGGCGCUAAGCGCGGAUUUGCUCCCAAAACCCAUGAAGCGGCCUACUCCAUCAGGCGCGGACGGGAGCAAACACUAUGUCUACCACAAAAAUAUGGGUCAUACCACCGAAGAGUGUGUGACCCUAAAAGACAAAAUUGAAGAAUUAAUCCGGGCGGGGCAACUCAAAAAAUACAUUCGGGUUGACCGUUCUCAGGCACCCGUAGAACGGCUCGGCCCGCGGCAAGCAUCCAACCCGACAGGUCUAAGAACGAUCGGAUCCAUCGCCCGCGCUCGGAACGGCGACGAAGAAGAAGUCGUAGUAGAAGUUGCAAGCGUCCUCUGA